UGGAAGCCAGUUCCAAAAGAAUUACACUACAAGGCACACGCAGGCUGUGUUCAUACUGGCUUUGUGUGUCAUCAUACUGACUGAACUUGUAAAUGAAGCGGGACCCGCACGCAGUGGGUAAAUAAAACUGGUAAUGGUUCGGAAAAGCGCGUGGGUUUUCUUGACUCAACAUUUUUUUCUAGAGAAGGUACGUGGACUCCCAAGCCACGUGCCUCGGACCAAUAAACAGUGAGUAGUUUGCAUGAAGCUUCAGGUUUAGCAUAAAACCACAUUUGGAAGCCCGUGUGGGGAAGAAUUUAGGGGACGCGAUAGAGCGCUUAGGUUUUUAAAGAGCUUAAUUAAAUCUAUUUUCAUUUUGUAAGAAUUAUAAAAAAUAAAAUGAACAAAACCACAAUUUAGGUAACAAUUACAAAACCAUUACAGAUGAAUUCCAUUCCAAUUUUAAUUCUGGACUUUUAAUGUUCUUUUAAGAUCAAGAGUAUUUUUUCUUACAGCAGACUUCACUCAAAAUUUCAGCAUUUGGAUCAUCACCGAAGUGACUUUUUAAAUUUUUUUUUAAUUUUGCGCCUGCUGGGAAAUUGUAAUAUGGGCAAAGCAAACAUCGGGACGCUUAUCAUUUCAAUUUAUUUUGUAAAAAUGUGCGCACGUUUUUCAACAACCGCCACUGAUGAAACUUCAUUCAGCAACGGCACAGACUGGCUGAGGGACUACAGCGACAUCCAAUCGAAGUUCUCCCUGCGCACCUGUGACGGUCCAGAUGAGGACCUGUGCUACCUGGUACCUGGUCACCCGCACACCGCCCACGAGUGCCAGUUCCACGCCCACGCACGGACCUUCAUGAUAAUUCACGGCUGGACGGUAACGGGGAUGUUUGAGAGCUGGGUGUCCAUGCUGGUGCAGGCUCUGUACGAGCGGGAGCCCCACGCUAACGUGCUGGUGGUGGACUGGCUGGACCGAGCCCGUCAGCACUACCCCACCUCCGCCGCCAACACCAAGCUGGUGGGCCGCGACGUCGCCAAGUUCAUCAACUGGAUGGAGGUGGAGCUACAGUACCCCCUGGAGAUGGUGCACCUGCUGGGGUACAGUCUGGGGGCCCACGUGGCCGGCAUCGCUGGAGAUCUCUCCAAAAAAAAGGUCUACAGGAUCACAGGUCUGGACCCCGCUGGCCCGGGGUUCGAGCAUGCUGACGCGCAGAGCUCCCUCUCCCCGGAUGAUGCCGAAUUUGUGGACGUCCUGCACACGAACACGAGGGGGUCCCCCGGGCGCAGCAUCGGGAUCCAGCGGCCCGUGGGGCACGUGGACAUCUACCCCAACGGCGGGACGUCCCAGCCCGGCUGCGAUCUACAAAGCGCCAUGCUGAAGAUCGCCAUGUCCGGCAUCCAGAAUGUGAAUCAGUUAAUGAAGUGUUCCCAUGAGCGCUCAGUGCUCCUGUUUGUCGACUCGCUGCUGAACUCCGAGCAGCAGAGCACGGCGUUCCUCUGCAGCUCCAGGGAGACCUUCAGCCGCGGCCUGUGUCUCAGCUGCCGUGGCAACCGCUGCGCCAAGCUGGGCUACGGCGCCCGGCCGGUCCGCACCCGCCGGAGCCUCACCAUGUACCUGCACACCCGCGGGGUCAUGCCCUACAAAGUUUUUCACUUCCAGGUGAAAGUACAUUUCUUCAGCCAGGACGAUGUGACCUUCAGGGACCAGCCACUGAAGGUGUCUCUCUUCGGGACUCUGGGAGAGAAGGAAGGCAUUAGCCUCAUCCUGCCCACCAUGCAGGGGAACAGCACGGCGUCCUUCCUGGUGACGUCGGACGUGGAGGUGGGGGAGCUGCUGCGGGUGGAGCUGCAGUGGGUGAAGGACUACGUCUUCAAGUUCUGGGAGCACCCCGGGCUGAGCCCAUUCUACGCCCGCCGGCUACGCGUCAAAGCUGGGGAGACACAGGCCAGGGUGGUGUUCGGGGCCAAAGAUGGGGAGUUUGUCUUCCUCUCCAGAGGAGGGGGCUACGUCACCUUCAUCAGAUCCAAAGAGGACCCAGCCAGCCUGAAACAGGAGAGGCUGCACAGGCUGAAGAUGAUUGGCAGCUCGUUCAAGCAGAGCGCAGAGUAAUUCUGGCCCCGCCCCGGAUCCUGGGAAUCAGAAACGGAGAGUGCUCAUUGGCUGAGACCCGGUUACCGUUGAAGGGGCAGGGAUU